GCCCCUCCCCGCGGCGCCCGGAGCCAGCGGCGGCCGUGCAGGAUGAAGGACCGGACCGGGGAGCUGCGUGCCGCCAAGGACAGUGAUGAUGAUGAUGAAGUCACCGUCAGCGUGGACAGAGACCGCUUCAUGGAUGAGUUCUUUGAGCAGGUGGAAGAAAUUCGAGGGUUCAUUGAUAAGAUUUCGGAGAACGUGGAGGAGGUGAAGAGGAAGCACAGUGCCAUCCUUGCAUCCCCCAACCCUGAUGAGAAAACCAAGGAGGAGCUGGAGGAGCUGAUGUCUGACAUCAAGAAGACGGCGAACAAAGUGCGCUCCAAGCUAAAGAGUAUUGAGCAGAGUAUUGAACAAGAGGAAGGACUGAACAGAUCAUCUGCUGACCUGAGGAUAAGGAAAACUCAGCACUCCACCCUGUCCCGCAAGUUCGUGGAGGUGAUGUCGGAGUACAACGCCACGCAGACCGACUACCGGGAGCGCUGCAAGGGCCGCAUCCAGCGGCAGCUGGAGAUCACUGGCAGGACCACCACCAGCGAGGAGCUGGAGGACAUGCUGGAGAGCGGCAACCCAGCCAUCUUCUCCUCUGGGAUCAUCAUGGACUCAAACAUCACCAAGCAAGCGCUGAAUGAGAUUGAGACGAGACACAGCGAGAUCAUCAAACUGGAGAACAGCAUCCGGGAGCUGCACGACAUGUUCAUGGACAUGGCCAUGCUGGUGGAGAGCCAGGGCGAGAUGAUCGACCGCAUCGAGUACAACGUGGAGCACUCGGUGGACUACGUGGAACGCGCCGUGUCUGACACCAAGAAGGCGGUGAAGUACCAGAGCAAAGCCAGGAGGAAGAAGAUCAUGAUCAUCAUCUGCUGCGUGAUCCUGGGCAUCGUCAUUGCCUCCACCUUCGGCGGCAUCUUCGGCUGAGGCCGCUGCCGGGACUGAGCGUGGGGGAGGAGCCUCGGGCCGGGCGCCGCAGCCCCGCAGCGUUUCAGUUCGUGAUGCAUGGUUGUUUGUGACAUGGCUGUGUGUGGUGCGUCUGCGUGGAGGGAGCGCCGGCCCCGGGCACAGGCAGGCUGCCAGGGGGCUGUGACGGGUGCCAGGGGGACCCUGGGAGGGGGAACCCGAGCUCUCAUCGCUGCUCCGGCCUCGGCUGGCUGCCAGGGCUGCGCUGGGUUGCCCUCGGGUGCUGCUGCUCACCCUGCGCUGGGCCGGGGAGGGACUGCUGAAGGGUGCUGGGGGGCCUGGGGAGCACAGUGCCCAGCCACCCUCCCCCAGCUUCCCCAGCACCUCCAGCCACAGCUCUCGUGUCUCUCGGCCCUGUCUGUGCUUGUGAACCCCUUUGCUCCCGGGGCCCUUCCCCAGGGCCGCCUCUGCCCUGCCCAUGGGGCUCCAUCCCUGGCUCUGCCUCCCCGGGCAAGCCCCUGCUCUGAGGGGGGUGCCAGGGGCUGGAUGUGCUGCUGAUGGAGGUGGGUGCCAGGCAGAGCCAUGUGGGCUGAGGAGCUGCUGCUGGGGCGUGGGGAUGGGCCACAGCAGACCCUGGUGCAGCACAGGUACUGCAAUACCAGCGUGUUUCACUGGCCACUCGCCCUGCACCAAGGCCUCAGGGUUCUGUUCUCAGCCCUGGCACACGAUGGCCCUGGCUCCUGCUGCUCCCAGGCCUGAGCUUUGGCUGUUGGGGCUCAGGGCUUGUGUGGGGACUGGAGGCAGCUGGGCCUACUCCUCUCAUGGUCCCAGGAGCAGCCCUUGUUGCAUCCACCUCCCUGUGAGCGAGGAGCAGCAGCAGCCUUCCUCCUCUGUGCCACCCCCUCAGCAGGGCAGUGCCCAGCUGCCCCUGGCACCUGUCUGUGCCCCUGCCACCUCCUCCUGGCACCUGCCUGUGUCCCUGCCACCUCCUCCUGGCCCCAUGCCCUUCUGCCUGCUCCCCCUGGGCUGCCCAGCAGCGCUGGUGCUUGGUGAGUGCUGCAGGAGCACCGUGCUGCCUCGUGCCCCUGCCGUGCCCCCUGCAGGGGUGCAGCCCCUGUGGGUUGGCCUGAGCCUGCUGGCCCCGUGU